ACACGUCACUUCCGUAACGCGCGAUGCCUCUCGGGACUCGUAGUCUUUCCUCCCGACAACCAAGGACCUGCUGGAAAUUACCUCAACGUCUUCCGGUUUCUUCGGCUGUGGGCGUCUCUUUCCCCCCAGCCAGGUGGUAGUGAUUGAGGACCAAGAAGGUCAAGGCGGCAGCGGGCGGGAGGCAUCGCCAUGCCCCGUUAUUACGAGGACAAGCCAGAGGGCGGCGCGUGCGCGGGUCUGAAGGAGGACCUGGGUGCAUGUCUGCUGCAGUCCGACUGUGUGCUCCAGGAAGGAAAAUCCCCUCGGGAGUGCUUGAAAGAAGGAUACUGCAAAGCUCUGAAAUACUCGUUUUUUGAGUGUAAAAGAUCAAUGUUGGAUGCCAGAUCAAGAUUCAGAGGAAGAAAAGGAUAUUGAUACCAUUUUGCUGAAGGCAAGAUGAAAACCAACAGAGGAUUUUCUCUGGUCAUUAAAGUAAAAAAGCCAAUAAUUUCUGCUGUUAUCUGUUUGGUCAGAUGAGUUUUCUCCAUACAACACUGGAAAAAACAGAUGAAUUCUAUUAAUAUGUAUAAGGGAAAUGUUUUUCCUGAUCUACAUUGUUUUUAGAAGAUUAAUUUAGGUAUACAGUUUUGAGGAUUGUCCUAAAGCACAAGAAAUGGUAAGGUUAUUUUCUAACUUGACUCUUUAAUCAAAUUAUAGUUUGUGUAUCAGGAAGCCACUAAUGUGACUGACAAAGUCAAUAAUAUAAAGCCCGUCGAGAUGAAGUUUAUUAGAAAAGUUUAGGAUAAAACUUUUUCUUUUAUUCAGUUUGUCCUGUUUGGUUUUAAAAUAAAUUAUGUUUUAUUUCUUGGA